CGGGCUGCGGGCCGGGUUUGCGUCCGCGAGGCGCGGAACGGGGGGAAAGGGGAGCAGGUUCACAGGCAAACCAGGGACUGGGGUGGAAGAACUGGGCUCCUACGGGUCCGGGAAACUGCAAACAUCACAGUGAGAUGUUAGUGUGAGUGCCGCGGUGGAGGCAUCUGCAGAGGGAGUCACGGCCCCCGCUUGCCUCGUCGGGAAGGCUAUGAACGAGAGGGAAGGAGUCCCGUCUCUGCGAUCCCGGGAGUCAGACUUCGGAAGUGCGUGAGGUUCUUGCCUGUGGACUGUAAAGAUCAACUAGUUUGAAAAUGGAACAAGAAACAGCAGGUUCUUCUCGAAAUACCGAACAGUCUAUUAUCUCAGAGGAGUUAAUUUCAGAAGGAAAAUGGGUCAAACUUGAAAAAACAACUUACAGAGAUCCUACUGGUAAAACAAGAACGUGGGAGACCGUGAAGCGGACAACCAGGAAAGGCCAGUCGGCUGACGGUGUGGCAGUCAUCCCUGUGCUGCAGAGAACCCUUCACUACGAAUGCAUCAUUCUGGUGAAGCAGUUCCGACCCCCGAUGGGGGGCUACUGCCUAGAAUUCCCCGCGGGUCUCAUCGACGACAACGAAAGCCCAGAAGCAGCUGCUCUUCGGGAACUCGAGGAGGAAACUGGCUACAAGGGCGACGUUGCUGACUGCUCUCCAGCUGUGUGCAUGGAUCCAGGCUUGUCAAACUGUACCGCACACAUCGUGACCGUAACUAUCAAUGGAGAUGACGCUGAAAAUGUAAGGCCUAAGCCAAAGCCAGGAGAUGGAGGUACGUCGUCACACCCCGGGGGCUGGCCUUGUGCGCCGCGUGUUGCGGCGGGAGUGGCUAAGGCAUCGUGAGUUGCUCGGGUGGGCUCACCUGGCGUCUGGCUCAGUUUUCACUUGUACUUUGUUUGUUUAGAAUUUGUGGAAGUAAUUUCCUUACCAAAGAAUGACCUGCUGAAUAGACUUGAGGCUCUGAUAGCUGAAGAACAUCUGACGGUGGACGCCAGAGUCUAUUCCUACGCUCUGGCAUUGAAACACGCAAACACGAAGCCGUUUGAGGUGCCCUUCCUGAAGUUUUAAGGCCGAAGGACAGUAGCCGUCCUUUUGUAAACAGGACACCAGGCCUCCUUCACUGAGACUUCAUAAUCAGCUUAGUUGUAAUGGAGAUUUGAAAUUAGCUCUUUCUUAAAAUAAAACAACACAGAAUGCAUGUGGUGGUAUGGAAUUGUAAUUACAGGUAAGCUGUAGCCAUCAUUUAAAUGCAAGACUCCAGCUCAUAUUAACAGAGAAGAACACAAAAUGCUGGUAUGUUAAAUCCAGCUGUUAAAAAAAAAAAACUAUUACGUAUCUAAUCUAAUCCAGGAGAUACUAGGAGAAUAGUCCUGAAUUCCAAAUUAGGUCAAUUCUUCCCAGUCCCCACUAAAAACUAUGUAUGUUAAUAACCA